UUUCUUUCAUCGCACCGGAAGGAGAAACCGAGAGGAGGAGGAGAGUUGGAUCCAAUGGAGAAAGGAGAGAGAGCAGAAGGGAGAGGAGGAAGUAGGACCUUCAAGACGGCAAGAAGGAAGGGAGAGGGCUUCAUCCAGUACAGAAGGGCAGUCUUCACAGAACGGCGACAGGACCAAGGUGCCUACACGGAAGACUACUAUGGGGGGAAAAGCUACCUGCAACAUUUUGAUCAUAGGCCACUCCUUUAUUUUUUGGGCAAGACAGCAUGCAGCAGGCAAGCAGUUGGGGUUACCGGAGGAACACAUGAAGAUUACAUGGCAGGGGUGGAGAGGCAUGAAGUGGGAACAAAUGAGAGGCCGGUUGUAUAGUUCAAUACAGAAGUUCAAGUUCAUAAACCUGGUGAUAGUACAUGCUGGGGGAAAUGACCUUACGUCAAUCAAAACCCCAGCGUUGAUAGAAAGCAUGAGAAAGGACUUGGAGGAUUUAAUGUCCAGCAACAAGAUAGGGGGAGUGGCUUGGUCAGACAUCAUACAGAGAGGAGAAUGGCGAGGAGCAGUUUCCCCCCAGGGCAUUGAAAGUGCCAGGAAAAAAGUAAACCGGGCCAUGCACAAGAUCAUGUGUUCCUCAGGUAACGGGGUAAUUAGACAUGACAAUAUAAGGUACCGACAAACACAGCUUUUUAGAAAGGAUAAAGUACAUUUGACAGAGGAAGGUUUGGAUUUGUUCUGGGCAAACUUCAGGAAUUAUAUAGAAGAAUGGUGGAGGUCGCAGGAGGUCUAGGUGGGCCAUGGAAAAGGAUAGGUGGCACCCUUCCCUUCUUUUCCAUUGGGUGGCAUCAGUGCGGCUCCAGGAAGAUGGAUGGUUUUUUCAGUGAAGUGCAGGCCUACCCUCGGAAAGUCGCGAGUGUGGAGCAGACUUUGACUGCACGGUCUUGUCUGUGUCAUGCGAGAGGCUGGGUUAGCGCCAUUAUUGCACAUGAUAGGGAGCAGGGGGAUGGGCUACUGGUUGGUCAACAGCGGGCGCUCUGCCCCAUGAUCCCUGCUCUCUAAAAUAACUGUUUGGUACGGUGUGGGCACCAGGCCCACGUUCUUGGCGAUUAUAGGAGCCGCAGCUGGUGGUCAGGGUGUACCUAGUCCUUGGCACAUAUAUAUAUAACUUUGUUAAUAAAAUACGUGACCUCCACAGAUUUUGCCACCUUAAGAAGUCUCCGUGUCGUUAUUCAGGUUUUUAUUCAGGUUGGUGGUAAGCACAACGGAAGGGGGUAGGGGGAUCCUUAGCCUAGGAGGAACGAGGCCCACAUAGGGUCGAGAUGAGUUUAGGCUAGGCCCCCUCCCCCGCUAGAUGUGUAUUGUGAGUAUCGGCUGUCAGCCCCCACUCUCUCUCACAGGGAGUUACAACAAUAGGGCCCCCUUUUCGGCGGGAAAAAAGGGGGCGGGCUGAAGGGCGGAGCCAGGGGGCAGGUAAGCCAGGAAGGGGCUUUUAAGGAGGAGCAGGAGGCCAGUAAAACAUAACCUGUUUUUUCUUUCUCCCACCCUCCCAUCCCAGGUAAAGAGCAAGAAGAUACGAAAAGACGGUGCUCCAGGGUUUCUAGCAACCGAUCGCCCUUAUGGGGUCAGGAAGGAAUUUUUCAUCAGGCUGCUAAUUGGCCAAAAAAGCACCUGAGUUUUUUGCCUUCCUCUGGGGCACCAUUAUCUGUGUAGGUCAAUAGGUACCACCCUGACACAGCUGCGUUUUCAGUGACAAGGCAUCAGUGCGGCUCCAGGAAGAUGGAUGGUUUUUUCAGUGAAGUGCAGGCCUACCCUCGGAAAGUCGCGAGUGUGGAGCAGACUUUGACUGCACGGUCUUGUCUGUGUCAUGCGAGAGGCUGGGUUAGCGCCAUUAUUGCACAUGAUAGGGAGCAGGGGGAUGGGCUACUGGUUGGUCAACAGCGGGCGCUCUGCCCCAUGAUCCCUGCUCUCUAAAAUAACUGUUUGGUACGGUGUGGGCACCAGGCCCACGUUCUUGGCGAUUAUAGGAGCCGCAGCUGGUGGUCAGGGUGUACCUAGUCCUUGGCACAUAUAUAUAUAACUUUGUUAAUAAAAUACGUGACCUCCACAGAUUUUGCCACCUUAA